AGCCGUUGAGGUUUGCUGGGGUCCGGAGAAGUUGGAACCUAAGUGUCUGGAGUCUUGUGGCGGUAUUUCUGGAAUGGGUGGGUAUAAAUGGACAUGUGCUGGAGCCCGUAAAGUCAUCUGUCCACACAUUCCUCCACCUUUGGAUCGCUGCCACUCCUACCUACAUCAAAUAGACAUCUGGCAGUGGAAGUAAAUCCACUUCUUGCUUCUGAACUCAGCGAUUUUGCCACGAUCCUUGUGACCGGUGUUUCGCUGCCAAGGACCGUGCUGUUUUGAUACGUCCAUACUAGUCGGAACCACGUGAAAGCUUGGUCUGGCUUCAAAAUGAAAACCAUCAUGGAUCUACCUGACGAGGUGCUCGAACGAAUCUUUACAAACUUAGUCAAAAUAAACUUGACCUCAUCCAUGUGGCUACCUAUAGCCAUCUAUGAGCACGUAAAACAACAGGAGGUCGCGAAAAGAAUCCGAUUAAUAUCUGAAAUGAGACUAGUGUGUCGAAAGUGGGCAGAAUGGUUCUAUCAACGGCAUCUCUAUGACCAGCUCUCUUUUAAGUGUUCUUCUAGAGCAACGGCUUUCAUCAAUGAGCUUGCUCGUCGACCGAAAACGCUUCCACCCCCCCAAUGUCGGUAUUUGAAGGUUCAGGAACUCUGGACUUGGGGAUUGGUAUUAGUUGCGCCUCCUGGGAAGGCCGAGUUUAAGAAUUUGGAUGCUCUGAUCGACCAAUUCUCUGAGACGAUUGUCGCACUCGAAAUUCAAGCUGUAAACUUAUUUACACUUCCGAUAUCCACUAUCGAGCGAAUAGGUCGCAUACCGAAUUUACGUUCUUUGAGACUCGGAAUCCACCUCACCAGGGUGGGCGGGGGCAAGACCAAAUCUGGAAGCUCGGUUCAUAGGGAUCUGAUGAUCGACGGCUUGCCAACUGAUUCGGAAUGUCUAGUAUCUUUGCUUAGAGCAGCCCAAGGAGUAGUUUCCCUCGACCUGACUAAUUUCCGCCCCAUCUGCUCACCAUCAUCGCUUGGAGAAGAUCUCCAUGGCCAUCAGUUUACUAGCAUUACGACUCUCAAACUAGACGUCAAAAAUGAAGGAGACCCCACUUUAGAUGGGAUUGUAAGACUGGCGACUAGACUGCCAAACCUCAAAGUCCUUUGGAUCGGGGGACCUGGUCAUAUGGGUGACGAUCUAAUUCCCCUUUUCGAAGUCCUUCGAGAAAGACUGGAAGAGCUCUUUGUCACAGACGCAAGAGUAAUACGACAUGCUCUCAACCUGAACUUCCCACGACUGCGAGUAAUAAGGGUACACGAAUGGGAUAGAGAAUUUGAACAAUUUUUGCCGCAGCCUAUGUUUGCAUCGGUAGAGAUUCUUGCGCUUAAUUGCUAUCCGUUUCACAAACGGAAAAAAAAGGCUUCACUGUGGGUGCCUUUUGAGACUCUGCCGCAUUUGAGACGACUUGAAUUACACGAAGCCUCGGAAUUCCCACCACCAAGGAGUAUCGAAGCGCGAUGUGAAGAUCACGGAGUGGAAUGCGUUUAUGCUUGCCAUGAUAUCUUUGAAGAAGAUGGUCGUCCGAACCUUGAUUUCGAUGCUCCUUCCGCGUUGAUGAACCAGCUCAGGAUUUAAGAAAAAUAUCUGCACCCGUCUCUUUAUCUCGUGAAUGAAUGCCUUGAUUUGAAUACUCUAACAACACACGAACUUCUUGAUUGAGUUUCCUCUUCAAAAAAAACUAUGCUUAUUUCUGGAAAUCUAUAUCUCUAUAUAAAUGUAUCGUUGAUACGGUCGCUGUUUCCUUAUCCUCCCUACUUAGUUUGCGGUUUGGAUUUAUCAG